AUGCAACAGAGCAACGCGCAGCAAGGGCUGCUGCGGUCCCGCGGCAGCUUGCUGCUGCUGCUGCUGCUGCUCCUGCUGCUCCUGCUGCAGCCUGGCAGCUGCAGCGAAGACCCCGCAGAGGAGAGCGAUCUUCUCGCAGCUGCCCCUGACGAGCUGGAGCGCAGCAAGCGGUCCUCGAGGGAAGCUGCUGCUGCAGCAGCAGCAGCAGCAGCAGCAGCAGCAGCAGUGACGCGGCGCGGGCUGCGGAUGUCGCGGCGGCGGCGGCAGCAGCAGCGGCAGCAGCGGCAGCAGCGGCAGCAGCGGCAGCAGCGGCAGCAGCAGCAGCUGGAAGAGCUGGAGGACCCGCUGGGGGCCCGGGUGGACUUGCUGCAGCUGCUGUGGGACCCGCUGACAGACACGGCGGAGCAGCAGCAGCUGUUCAGCAGCAGCGCAGCAGCAGAAGGCCCCGUGCUGCUGGAGCCGCAGCAGCAGCCCUUCAUCCAGGGCCUCAGCUUAACUUGGCAAGAAGCAGCAGCAGCAAAUAAGGAGCUGCUGUCCCGCUUUUCCCCCAU